AUGGACAACUUAAAGCAGUUCACCAUAAUGGGUUCUGAUGAUAAUUGGCGAACGCAGAAUUUUCGACAGAAUGUUGUGACCAAAAUUGAGGAGGUUAUUCAGAAGUCUGGGAUGCAAGUUGCUCGCAACAGCAGUGAAAUGGAAAAUCAUGUCUUCAUGAAAGCUAAGACUAGAGAGGAAUAUUUAAAUAUGGUUGCAAAAUUGAUUUUACAUGUGAGAGAGAUGUCGCAACCAAAACAAAAUCAAGGUCAAAACAUGCAAGGGCCCAAUCAAAAUCAAGGAGGUCAACCAAACCAAGCUCAAACCCAGCAGGGACAACCUCAACAAGGUUCUUCUAACCAAUCGGGGAUGGCAACCGACCCUAUAAAUGCCUUACAGAAUAUGACCUCACAGGGCUCUAGGAACCAAAUGAUGAACAUGGGACCUGGUCAGAUGCAACAAGGAGUUCUUGGACCUAAUCCUGGAAUGGGAGGAAUGCAGACACAAAUGGGACAGCAAGGACCUCUUGUAUCACAAGGCCCCCAAGCUCAGACAGCUACAAAUCUGCUCCAAACAUUAAACCAGAGACCUCAAUUAAAUAUGCAGCUUCAGAACAAAUUGAAUGGGCCAAUAGGCAUGGCACCGAACCAGGGACAGAUGGGUAACAAUAUGGUGGGAGGUAUGGGUAUGGGUAAUAUGGGUAGUCAGCUGCAAAAUCACUUAGCAGCACCGGGAAUGCAGGGGCAGAUGAUGCCUAACAUGUCCAUGUCAAACACCAUGCAAGUGCCAAUGUCGGGAUCGAGUACUAUAGUAGGGCAAAUGCAAUGCAACCAGGUUGUAGGUGGCAUGGGCGGUCAGAUGACACAGAACACUAUGCAGGGACAGAUGCCUAAUCAAAUGGUUGGCAACAUGGGUAACAAUCAGUUGGUUAACAUCAAUAUGCUGCAAAUGCAUCGUAGUCAGGGUAAAGAGGUGGUGAUGGGUGCCGGGUACACCCAGCGAGCUCCACCACACAACCAGUUCUUAAGACAGAGCCCCUCACCAUCUGCAUCAUCUCCGAACAUGCCAGGACCUAGUCCAGUAUCUAUGGGCGGUGGAGUUCUCAGUGGAGCUCUAUCUUCUCCCAUGGGUCUAGGCGGGCUCGGCGCGUGUUCGGGAGGCUCACCCAACCCUAGCGGCAACCAUCACAUGACACACCACCCACCACAACAACGCGUGAACAUGGGUAUGGCAGCAUCACCGUCAUCAUCUCUGAACACGCCGGUGGGAGGGGGGGUCGCGUCUCCCGGGGGGGAGGAGGCCGCCUACAGGGAGAAGGUCCGCCAGCUGUCCAAGUACAUAGAGCCGCUGAGACGGAUGGUGCUCAGGAUGGUCAGCGAGGGAGAGAAUGUUGAGAAGCUGACUAAGAUGAAGAAUCUUCUGGAUAUAUUAUCGAAUCCUAAUAAACGUAUGCCGCUGGAGACAUUGAUCAAGUGUGAGGUUGUGUUGGAGAAGUUGGACUUCAAACGGAGUGAGGGGGUCGGGCUGGGGCUGCCGUCCGCUGGGAAGGAGCAGAUCUUCAAUCCCCUACUAGAGGUAGUGAACAACUGUCUCCAGUCUCCGUUGGCCAACCACACCCUCAAGAGAACAUUUGGUUCAACUCUCGAUGCCCUCAAUGGACCAGAGAUCAAGAAUCUUCCACCGCCGCCUCCGAAGAUAGCUAAAGUGGAUGAACCGACGAUGGAAAUACCAGACGUACUGCAGGGAGAGAUCGCGAGGUUGGACUCCAGGUUUAAGGUGUCCCUGGAAACAAUGCAGCUAUCAGGCGGUGAGGGUGCCAUAUCUCUGAUCGCCCAACUAGACGACGUACGUCUGCCGUGUGUGCCCGCGGUUCACGUGUCCGUGCCGAGGGACUACCCGGCCGCCUCGCCCGCGCGACUCCGACCAAAGACCACCAAGAGGAAUAACGAGGACUGCUUCUUAGCGAGGGUCGAGAGGGCCAUGGACGCGAGAUGCGCCAGAUUACCAAAAAGCUGUUCGGUGGGUCAGUUACUAGACGCAUGGGAGAUGAGUGUCAGACAAGCUUGUGCUCCGAACCCCCAGGCUUACAACGCUGUACCGGCUCUAGGACUAUAA